AAAAAGACUAGUUAGCUAUGUUUCGGUCGUCGCUCGCCAAGUAUUAUAGUGAAUCGCAUCAAAAUUGCAGGAUUUCAAUUUACGGUUUGCGUUUCCCUACUUCGUGUGCGGUAUAACGGAGGGGUUACGGUUGAAUUUUCGAUAGCUAAUUUUGGCUAGCUAAUGCUAAAGCUAGCUGGUUAGCUUUGUUUACAUCAAGUGCGCGCCUGAGUUUAGUUAGCUUAUUGCUAACUAAACAGAUUUAUGAUCUUACUAUCUGCUCCAUCACUCAGCUGGGGCAUCGACGAGCAAGACGGCGUUGGAUACUGAGUGGGUCCUAUGGCCAACACCGACCAUCUCUCGUGUAGAGCCUUUGGCUGAUGUCUGGAAACUAACGCUAGCUACACAAUGCUAACCUUUUGAUUAUGGAUCGUGUGAUCAUUUGACUGCAAUGUUAGCGGUUGGGGCAGCGUUAGUGAUAAUGUGGGUAAUUAUAAAUAACACUCGAAGUGACCCGUAUUAACAUAAACUUAAAUCGUAACCCGAAAUAUCUGUUUGUUGAAUAGGAACUACUACAAACCCCUGAUGCUAACUUUAGCUAGCCACCUGUCGAGCUAGCGUUGUGCGCGUUUAGUGAUAACCGCUUCACCAUGGUGGCUGUCUAUUAUUGUGAUUAUUACUAAUUCAUAUGUCUGCACUGACACAGUCUUGGUGACUGAUUGUUUUCCCCACCGGGGGCAGUUUAUAUUUCUUCAAUCCACCCUGAGAUUUGGCUAGCUGUAGCUCCGUCACAGCGGGAGUUUGGAUUUUUUUUCUUCCCCCCUCCCGGGCCGUGCUUCCCGAGGCUGCAGGCUGCGGAGCACACACCGCUAUGAACCCUGUUAAUGCAACCACCUUGUACGUGUCUGCCAGCCGGGCUGUGCUGCAGUGUGAUCCGCGGCAGCCCCACACCUUCGCAGACAUGUACACACUACUACCUUUCUUUCGGCAGUCGCUUGCAUGCCUCGUCUGUGGUAAACUUCUCCAGAAUCCCAUCUCCCCAACACAUCCAGAGUGUCAGCAUUACGUCUGCCUGGGUUGUAAAGGCCAGAGGAUGCAGAUAAGGACAUCGUGCCGCAGAUGUAAGGACUAUUCAUGCUUCCAGGAGAACAGGCAGCUCUCCUUGCUGGUGCAGUGCUACAGGAAACUCUGUCUAUAUGUCACUCAUUCACCUUUGCUGCAGUCAAUCAGCAGCCGUGUAGGAGGGUCUCCAGAGGUUAUGGCAUUGCUAGAGGAGGUGCUUAUGUCACAUGAAGAGGAGAUAGAGACAGAGGAUCCAGGUCUAGCACAAGAAGAUGUGAAUCCCUCUGACCCAGAGUCCCUGACCCCCACAGAGGCACCACCUGUUCCUGCAGAGCUCUCAGCUGUACCACAGAGCUCCUCCUCUGAUCCUCCCUGUUCCAAUGGACCGCAGGAAUGCAACGGCGAUGUGCUGGAGGACCUUGAUCCCUCUUCUCCAGAGCUGGAAGUAUGUGAGCUGGUAGAGGAGCAGCCACAGGCAGGCCUCUCUGUGUCCGAUACUGGUUGUGGUGGUUUGGAGCUGAGUCUGACCACUGGACCUUUAGCCCCAACUCCAGGCACUGUGUGCUCACUCAGGGACGGGGAAUCUAGCAGCAGGGAGCUGGAGGAGGGGGAGGUGUUGCUCCUUAGUAUGGAUGAUGUAUUCCACACUUUGAAUCCCCUUCAGCCCACCAGAGAUUCUCCUCAUACACACCCAGAAAGGACGCACACUCACACACACAUCACCACAGACAGAGGACACACUCAAAUGUACAUACAGCUGGACACGACUCACAACUACACACAGAUGCAAACAGACAGAACUAACACAGUGGCUGGCCUCAAUGCUCACAUACACACUUCUUCGUUGGAUCCUCCUCCAGCCUCCAAGCCCGUGCCAGUCCGCCUUAAUCGCAAGCGAUCUCGUUCAGAGAGUGACAGGGAGAAGGUGAAACCUCUUCCUAUUGCCUCCAUCCUGCAGGGCUCCUCCUCCUCUCAUUUACACACUCCAAACCCCUCUAACAAACUGCACACUCAACCGCCCGCACCCUCCUUAACUGUACCAGCACACACAUACUCAUCCCUUCCCAACGGGGCACCUCCCAAGCCCAGUCGCCCUGCACCGAACCACAGUAAAGGUGCCAGGAAGCACGCCGAUCCGGGCCCUAAGAAGCCUCACGCCAAGGCCCGCAGCAGUGGAGGCUCCAAGAACAAAGACCGGAGCAAAGACCAGCGGUUGAUGACAGGCUGCCUGGUGCCCCCGGCGCCUGUCAGACCUCCAUAUAAGAAGCCGGUGGAGAAGAAAGGCUGCAAGUGUGGCAGGGCCACCCAGAAUCCCUCAGUGCUGACCUGUAGGGGGCAACGAUGUCCCUGUUACUCAAACCGCAAGGCGUGCUUGGAUUGUAUCUGCCGAGGUUGCCAGAACUCCUACAUGGCCAACGGUGAGAAGAAGCUAGAGGCCUUUGCCGUGCCAGAGAAAGCCUUGGAGCAGACGCGGCUCACACUCGGCAUCAACCUCACCAGCAUCACGGCGGCCGCUGCGCUCCGCAACCCGGCGACCACCAGCAUCCGCACGAACACUCUCCUUAACGUCGCCACAGCGACGGGAACCCCUGUUACCACAGCCUUCCUGUCGCCCAGCCCUCCGCAAGAGCCCAACUACGAGGAGCUUCUGAUCGGAUGAGAGGCUGCAACUCCUAAAAACAAGACAGCUCGGUGCUGAUUGAAUGUGACGGCCGAUCAUUGUGUCUGUCAGACAAACCUACACCUUCCCUCCAGAGUAGAGGGGGGGAGGCAUUCAAAAAGGCAGCUAUGGGUCUGUCCUGUCCUGUAAUCUGCUCUUCUUCUAUGUUGGAAAAUGCUGAGUAGUAAGACUAGCAUGGGUGUGCCAAAGCCUCCUGUAUUGUGCCUGUGUGCCAGUGUGUGUCGUUGCCUGUCUGUAGUUAAAACACUUAUACUCGGUUCCAAGGCUGUUCUGUAUAUCAGAGGUGCUUUUUGUUCAUAGACCACAGUCAUACUGUAAGAGGCAAUAGGAACCCAUACCAGGUUUUUGUGUUUAAUAGUGUGUGCACACAAUUAUAGAUUCAAGUGUAUGUAUGUAUGUAUGUAUGUAUGUAUGUAUGUGUGAUUUCUGGACUAUAUUUGGUGCAUAAUGACAAAAAACAUAUCGCAGUCACUUGUUAGAGCAUUUUCCAUAUUUUGAGUAUUACUCCAUAUAUGUUUUUUUAGAAAUGCAUAAUUGGUAUCAGGACGACCCUUACUAAUCCUUAACCCCUGUAUGUUCUCACACCUUUAAUUGUGAAUGAAUCUCGUGACUAAUAAUCUGUGGAGAAGUUCCCGUCUCACACAAGACUGUAUGCCUUUUUCUAAUCUCGACUCGCUCAAUCGAAGUACUGUCGGCUGUUUAAAUGAAUUUGUCUUAAUGAACUUGACUGAUGCAGGCAUUGUACAGGCAGCAAACAUAAUGUCAAAGCACUUGGCUGGAUCCACGGUUUCAAUGUAAGUGUUGUGUGUGAGUGAGGGAGUGUGUGUAUGUGUGUGUGCGUGCCCGCUCGCUGAGAUUUGUUGUAGUGUCAGCGGGGAGGCGGAUGGGUGGGUUGUAAGCACUUAAGUUUGAUUGAUUGGCCAAAUUACAACUGAAACCAUUCUCGGUUACCAUAGCAAUAGGAGCAACCAACAAGGAGCCUCCCAGCUCUCGUGCACACACGCUGUUGUUUACAGUAUUGCCAUUUAUAGACUAUAACUGACUUGUCUUCUCAAAUAUUACACCGUUACGUUUUGAUUAUGGGGUUGUACAUGACUCUGUGUGUGUGUAGAUAAACUGAAGCCAUAGGUUGUCAGUGUGCAUUUCCCCCCCCCUCUCAAGUUGCAGUGUCCCGACUGAUUAGAGACCAACUCAGAGACUAUUUUUGAUACCAAGUAUUCAGAUUUGGUACCACUGUCUGUUUCUUUUUGUUUGCUUUUUGUUUUUUUUACAUUUGUGUUUUGGUUAAAGCACCUUGAAGCCCUCCUAUAACUCAAGAGGCUGUGUAUUUGUCUGUGUUUUGUGUUUACUGUCUCAGCUGUAACUACAACAUAUUUGUCAGUCCAGUCAUGGUGACCAAAAAAAAAAAAAAGAAGAAGAGAGAGCGAGAGGACUCAGGCUGACCAAACACCUUGGUUCUCCACUCACAGGCCAGGAAGUAGCAGGUGGAUUACUUAUGAUCAGCAAGUAUGAUCUAUCUUCCUGCGUGUGUUUCAAAAUGUAUUUCUUUUGGGCAUUACUUGAACCCUGAUUAGUUUUUGGUAUUGUUUUUUUAAGUGUAAAAACUCUUGUUUUGAGGAGUGACUCUUAUUAUUGC